AUGCCCCCAAAGCAGGGUACAAAGCAGAGGCGAGCUGGCCUUGCCAGAGACAGCCGCGUACGGCCUUUACUGUCACAGGUUAAUGGCCAGCGACGGACGCUGGCCUCCGACAACAGACCAGUAGACCGGCCACCUGACGACUCUGAUGAUGAGAUCACAGACCCAGAUUCUUGCAGGGGAUUGAUAGCCCCUUCGAAAAGCCUACCAAGCUCAAGGGAGGUGUCUCGAGUCUUCUCGAGUACGAGGGCGGAUUCAGACUCCGAAGAUGAUCAAAACACACGGUCAUCCCGCGCCGACAUGGCUCGUCCUUAUUUCGGCUCAUCCAAGAAAGGGAAAGAGCAGAGUGAGAAAUGGAGUGCUUCCCAGGAAAGCUUGCAAGGGCGUGGGCAACCCGAAGGCUCUGAGGGCUCUUUUUCCACAACGCGUGGUAGCAAGAGAAACUCGCCAGACGAUGGGACACUCAGUCCAGCAUCGAAGAUUAAAAAGGCCCGGAAGAUCGACCUUGAAGACGAGAAAGAGGCCAAAAAGUUGCUAGUACGGAAGAAAAGCUAUGGUCGAAACGACGAUAAAGGACGUAUCAGAAUUCCUACAAAAUCAAAACCCAAGGCUUCUCAAGAGAGACCGAUGUCUAAGCAGGGGAGAGAAGCUCGGUCAUCUGCGCCCAAGAUGAUACAACCGUCGUUCAAAGCAUACGACGACGAUCCAUUCGAGCAAUUGUCAAGCAGAACAUCUCCAAGGCGCAUGAUCGAUCCCGUGUCCGCGUUCUUGUCCUCUCCUCCUCACGGUUCUGCCAUUCCGACCAUGAAGCAGGCAUCGCUCAGUCCUCAUGCAUCACCACAGCGAAGUGCCAAGGCCGAGUUCAAGCUUCCAUCCGCAUCUCUACCUGAGUCUUUGCAGAGUCCAACUAAGCCACGCCCACAACUUCGCAAUCUAGGUUCAAGCCCUGAGCCUAACUCUGAAAAGACGAGAAGACGCUCCUUUGAAUCCUCGGACUUGGACAGCGACCCCAUCCACUCUGUAGAAGCACGUUGCCCUAUGUGUAAUGAGAUGGUCGACAAGGCCUUGCUGCACGAUUUCUCAAAUGGUGCCCGUCUGCAUAUCCGCAAGCAGAUCCAGUUCUGCCGGCUGCACAAAAAGAAGUCAGCCGAAGAUGCUUGGGGUACUCGGGGCUAUCCCAAAAUCAAUUGGGAGGGCCUUGAUGCUCGGAUUACCACUCACUACGGGUUUCUUCGAAGAAUCAUCGAUGGCGGACCAUCUCACUUCGGUGAUUUGCUGAUUGACAAGGUUAAGGAGGGCAAGAACCGGACGCUGCUCAAGGCAGAAGACAGCUUGACGCCGGGGUACUACGGCCCGCGUGGCCUGCGUGCAUUUUCGGAACAUAUUAUUGGUCGCUUUUCAUCGGUUUUGAGGGAACGAGCCGUCGACGACCGGCUUAUAUCGUCGCGUGGUUAUUCUAGUUAUGUCGAGGCAGUGUUGGUCCCGGAGCUGGCAGUGCAGUUGAUAUCUGACGACAUGGUAGUAGAAGCCGAGGGAGCAAGGAGCAUACUCGAGGAAAGCAAGUGGAUUGGCGACUUGCUUCACGAAGAUACCGGCGAUACAAUAGAUCAGAUGAGCGAUGAUGAGACAACGGCUCAUUGA